AUGUCUGAAAUUAAUCCACUGGAUGUCUUGGCCAUCGAGAAUGUUGUGUCGCGAUACUGCCAGGCUCUGGAUCUGAAGGACUUCGAUCUGCUGAGCAAAGUCUUCGUACCUGAUGUUGAAGCUAGUUAUCCCUUCAAUAAAGCUAUCCAGAGCCUUGAUGAGCUGAAGGAUGCAAUCAAGAAUCGUCUUGGACCAAUCCGCACACAUCACAACCUCACGACGCAGACCAUCACAUUUAGGUCCGAUGCGCAGACGGCACGGGUGGUGACAUACUUCCAGGGUGUACACUUUGGACAAGGUCCUCACGAGGGCAAGAUGCUAUGCGCGUAUGGCAAGUACGUGGACGACAUGGUAAUACUGGAAACGAAGAACAGCGAUUUCGAUGGUGUGCGCGGCGCAAGCGGAGUCUGGAGGAUCAAGGAUAGAACGGUCACCUUCACUCAGCGGAUUGGAGACGAGAAGAUUAUGAAGGAACAUUGA